UUGAAAACAAACAUUCGACAUGAAGCGACUCUUUUUAAUUUUUAUUGCGUUUUUUGCAAUAAUCCAGUGCCAAAUUCACUGCCUUGACGUUACGAGUGACGAGGAUUUGUUAAAUUACAUCCGAAAAGAUCAAAUUGUCGUCUUAUUUUCAAAGAAAAAUUGCGACGACUGCGAUCGUUUGGAAAAAGUUUUGGACUCCAUCGUCGAUGAUCUGCAAAAAUUACAAAACCCGACAAAGGCCAUCAAAGUGCUCAGCAGCAAUUUAGUGCGUUUGUAUUCGCCAUCGAAGGAGCCGGCAAUUGUUUUCUUCCGACGAGGCACGCCGCUUUUGGUCGAUCAUGACAUCGCCGUGAACGCCGACACGCUUUUGAUGCAUCUCACGGAGAACGAAGAGCCCGUCGUGAAGGAACUGACGGAUGCCACGUUCGAACAUUUGACGCAGGCAAGCACGGGAGCGACAACGGGUGAUUGGCUCGUGUUUUUCUACAGUCAGAAAUGCGUGGAUUGUCAGCGAUUGAAUGCGUUGUGGGAAGGCGUUGGAGCGAAUUUGAAGUUGCGCAUGAAUACGGCGCGCGUUAACAUUGAGACGGGAGGCGUUGACACGGGAAAGCGAUUUGGCAUUGAAAAGGCGCCGGAAUUUGUGCUAAUCCGCCUUGGAAAAUUCUACCGUUACCCGAUGAACGCUUACGGCAUCAAAGCUUUCGUCUCAUUCGCCACGCAAGGCUUCAAAAAUGCCAAAGCUGAGAAAAUCCGCGUUGCCGAAAGUCCCUUCGACAAUUUGGUGUCAAAGGGCGUGAAUGUCCUCAAACUCUUCGUCGAAAUGACAAAUCAAGUAAAACGCGAGUUCCCCAUAACAUUCCUCGCCAUCAUUGGCUUCGUCAUAAUUGUCUGUAUCCUGCUAACCAUGAAGCGUCGCAGUGAGCGGCAACAGGUGAAGGAUAAACGUAGAAAAGCAAAAUAAAAUAAAAUCUUCCAAAAACUCCGAAAAUGUUGAAGGCUCAAAGCAAAAAUAAAAUUUUUAUAGCAAA